AACAAGACAUUUGCUAGCUGACUGAAAGAGAAAAUGUUCAGGAUACUUUUUGUUGUUUCGUGCUUGGUAAACAGUAUUUGUCUCUUUUUGUUGAGUUUUGCUUGUAAUGUACCCAAUGUACCUAAGAUUGCCAACUAUUUCGGUACGAAGAGUCGUUAUGAGGAGGUAAACCCUUACUUAAUCAAUGACAUAAAUGCAGUCAAUGAAUCGUUAGUGAAGCCGCCGUCUCCAGGAUGCCAAGCCGUUCAUCUAAGUGCUAUUAUACGACACGGCACCAGAUUCCCGACCACGAACAACAUCAGAAGGAUGCGCAAAUUCCAUGACCUCGUUAUUUCUUUGGCCGCAAGUAAUGACAGCUGUGUACAACAAAUUAAAACGUGGAAUAUGUGGUAUACCGACGACAUGGAUGGUCGACUGGUCAGAAAGGGUCGCAAGGACCUCUGGCACUUGGCAGUCAGACUGACUAAAUCGUUCCCUUCGUUGUUAACGGAGGAGAACCUACGAGAAGGCCGCAUCAAAUUUAUUACCAGCUCUAAACACAGGUGUGUCAAUAGUACCAUUGCUUUCAAGGAGGGUCUCGCGGACACAUUGCAUACAUCAGACAGCAAUGUUGAAUACAUCAUAAAUGAUGCGCUCAUGCGCUUCUUCGACCAGUGCUUGCGGUUUGUGGAGAAGAGCAAAGCUGCAGCUGUGGAGGUUGACAACUUCAAGAGCGGUGCACACAUGAGAAGGGUUCAGGAGAAGAUAGCCGACCGUCUACAGAUCCCCUACGGAAACAUUACAAAUGAUAUGGUGGAGGCAGCAUUCUACUUGUGUUCUUAUGAGUUUUCCAUCAAAGGAGAGAGCUCCCCCUGGUGUCAACUCUUUGAUGAGGUGGAUGCAAAGACCAUAGAGUAUGCUGGUGAUCUGAAGCACUACUGGAAGAAAGGCUAUGGCCACGACAUCAACAGCAAAUCGAGCUGCAUCCUCUUCCAGGACCUGUUUAGCCGACUGGACAAAGCAGCACAGGAGAGGCGGUCAGGUGAACAGUUGUCAGAGGUGGUGACAGUGCAGGUUGGUCAUGCUGAAACUUUAUUGCCCUUACUCACUCUGUUGGGCUUUUUCAAGGACAACGAACAGCUGACUGCCACCAACUUUGACAAGCAGGACGGUCGGGCUUUUCGCACCAGCCACAUUAUGCCAUAUGCUGCCAAUCUGCUGGUGACCCUAUAUGACUGUCCAGAGGGAUUCCGUUUGCAGUUUCGGUUAAAUGAAAAACCCUUAACCCUUCCUGGGAUAGCAGAUCCUGCCCCCACUUACCAGGCUGUGAGAGAGCACUACAGCAUUUUGUUGAGCGGGUGUGACCAAGAGACCGUAUGCAAAUUAAGCAAAUAGACAACAAAAAUUGUGCUUACUAUACCACAGAGAGACAAGAGAGCCACGCAACUGACUACUAGACAGAGUACCAGCUAUAAAACUAACCACUUGGCAUAGGACCAAUAGACAGAGGACCAGGUAAUCAAUUAACCAACAGAGAACCAACUACACAACAGACCAAGAGGCAGAAGAUCAGAAAAAGAGCGAGAGCGAAGUGUCACCUACAUUACUGAUCAACAUAGUGUCACAGAGAACUGUGUACACACAAAUGACCAAAUGACAGGACCUUGAUAAGACAGCAACACAGCAAUAAUAAUAAGACAGCUAACCAGCUAAGUACCACAGACAAAUGUCAAACAGACAGAGUUUCACAGACAGCUGACUAGUGGACUAUAAAUUAAUAACUGACAGACUGACAGGUAACUGGUCAACAGACGUUGUACCUAAGGUGAUGUGCAAACAAUAGUGAACUACUGGUAACUGAUAAUGAUCACAUUAAUUCAACAUUUUACAUGGAAGUGGUGCAACACUGCAAGUAAAACUAAUAACACUACAUGUUAAACUUGUCAAAGAAAGUAGUCACUGUGACUCAGAUAUUUGAUAUAGAACGGAGAGGCAGGACUGUCUGCCAAGUGAUAUUCAGCAGAAUGUCCAGUGCCAAAAUCGAUUUCUUAGAGUGUAAUCUUGUGUUAUGUAAAUACUGUGAACUAUUUAUAUAAUGCAAACUCACCAAAGUGUGGUUUUAAUUUGCUGUAUUGAGGUAUGUAUUUUAAUGAAACCAAAGACAACAGUAUUGUGUACAGAUUGAGAUAAGUUUCUUGAAACCCCACACCAUGGGAAAACAUUCAUAUUGUAACAAGAUUCCAGCAAUACCAAAAAGAGAUCUGUACAGAGUGUGCCAAAAUCUUAUCAGAUGCUCUGAUGCUCAUCACUCGUUACGACUCAUUAAUCUGAAGCUUAAGCAUCUCGUGACUUUAUUAUAAGACCUUUAAAGGAAAUGAGAGAUAAUCAAAUAGCUGCUCUGUGUGUGAAAAAUUGUUUGAAUGAAAGCUUUUAAAUCUUCACUACUUCAUUCGCACUAUACUACAACUACUUACACCUGCUCUGUGCUUUCGGUAAAAUCACAGAGGCUCUUUGACCACUAAUCCAGUAACUAAUUGUGUUGAAAUAAUAGAGAUAUGGUUAAAUUGUGGAGAUGUGGCCAACUUUACACUGGGUUGCACAAAAUAUGAAUAAACUUAAGUGCACACUGA